ACAAUGCUAAAAGAGGGCCCCACCAGCUUAAAAUGGUGAUGUAAACACGUGCUUAAUAUUUACUUUCAUUUGUGCAAAUGGCAGCAAAAUCAUCUUUUUGCGUAAAACCGGUGUAAUAUUUGUGUAACUUUGUUUUUUGAUGAUCAAGAUGCCCCGUACUUACCGUAAACUGACAGAACGCACCUUUCCUGAAAAUUCUAUGAAAAAUGCAGUUAUUGCUGUUUUGAGAGAAAAUGUGUCGAUCAGAAAAAGUGCAGAAAGGUACCAAAUCAAGAAAUCUCGUCUUUGCAACUACGUUCAACAAGCUAGGCAAAUAGGCAUUGAGAACAUGUCGUUUGGUCCUAACUUUAAAAAGAAAUUGGUGUUCACCAGUGAAAUGGAAAAAAGGUUGUCGGAAUAUUUAAUCAAGUGUUCUAAGAUGUUUUAUGGGCUAACACCAACAGCAGUAAAACGACUAGCAUAUGAAUAUGCUAAAAAAAAUUCUCUGAAAUUUCCUGAUAAAUGGGAGAAGGACCAACAAGCCGGACGAGAUUGGUUGUCAGGAUUUUUAAAACGAAACGUCAACUUAUCCAUUAGAACACCCGAAGCCACCAGUUUGGCUCGAAUGACCAGCUUUAAUAAAACGAAUAUUGAACCAUUUUUCGACAAGUUACAACUAUUAAUUCAACGCUACUCUUUAACAUCAUCACAAAUAUAUAAUCUUGAUGAAACGGGAGUGACGACAGUCCAGCGUGUGCAGAAAGUUAUCACUAGGAAAGGGCUCCACCAAGUCGGCCAGGCUACUUCCAGAGAACGUGGCGAGUUAAUCACACAAGUCGGCAUAAUAUGUGCUAAUGGUACAGCACUUCCGCCCGUUUGGGUCUUUCCUCGUCAGCGUUUUGAUGAAAAAAGGAUGAUGCAAGGAUUAACCGAAACUGGGGCACUCGGUCUAGUUUAUAAGACGGGGUGGAUGACAUGUGAAAAUUUUAUUAAUGUUUUAAAACACAUAGUUAAACACACUCACUGCAGCCUGGAAAAUCGAAUUUUAUUGAUUUUAGAUAACCACGAGUCUCAUGUGUCUAUCAACUCAGUUGAUUAUUGUAGGGAAAAUGGGAUCACCCUAUUAACUUUACCGCCUCACACGUCUAAUAAAACACAGCCACUUGAUCGUACUGUUUUUGGCCCCUUUAAGACUUUUUUAAAUCAAGCUUGUGAUGGUUGGAUGAUAUCUCAUCCAGCACAGACUUUAACUAUAUACGAUCUGCCACCUUUAUGUUCUCUUGCUUGGGAUAGGGCAGCAAAUCCUGUGAAUAUAAAAUCAGGAUUCCGAUGCACCGGAAUUUGGCCAUAUGAUAGGAAUGUGUUUUCAGAAGACGAGUUCCUUUCAUCUUCUGUUACAGAUAGGCCAACUACUUCAGACACACCCCAAACUACUCCAGACAUUUCUCGAAUUACUUCAGAAACUUCUCUCAUCACUCCAGUAUCUUUGGAAGCUACUCCAAGCACUUCUCAAGCAUCUCCAUCACAUCUACAUGUAACCCCAGAGACUGAAGAGACCGAAUUUGUCAGUCCAGAGGUAGUGCGACCUUACCCAAAGGCAGCUCCAAGAAAAACCAACAGACGUGGCCCACCAAAAAGAAAAUCGAUUAUUGCAACAGACACCCCAGAGAAAGAGGAUUUAAUUAAGAGAAAAACUAAAACAAUUCCACCAAAAGUUAAGCAAGCUAAAAGAAAAGUAGUUGAAACCUCAUCCGAAAGCGAACCUGAAAGAUGGAAAGAAACGGAUAGUGAUGAUGAUGACGUGGAUAUAUUUGGCGAUUUGGAUGAUACGAAUUAUGAUAACACCAAUGUGGAGGUUGGAAAAUAUGCCGUAGUGAAAGUUUACAGAAAUAAGUCCACUGAAGCAAGACAUUUUGUAGCAAAAGUUAGAGAAAAAUUAGCCAGUGGUUAUGAAGUAGAGUUUUAUAGUAGAUGA